AUGCGCGCUCUUGGCACGCUGUUCGCCCAUUGUUCACCGAGCGAUGUGACGCCGACUGUGUGGGAAGAGUCUCUCAACUCUGCGUGGAGGGCUUUUGCCUCUCACAACCGAUCCACACGCAUUGCAGCUGGCAACUUGUUAUCCGCCGUAUAUCUUGUCAUGCUUGGAGAGAAGCACGCUGACCUCGCGAAGCAUCAGCUGCUGACGCGGAUUUCGUCCCUCCUCGGCCAAUCACCCGCCACUCAUGAGACUGCAGUCCUUCUCCUCGGUGAUCUGGGCCGCAACGUGCACGACAGCCACUUGUACGAUGUUCUUGAACUCCUGCUGCGGCAGUUUGGAUCACCGAGCCAGCCUAUUCGCGCGAUAGUGUACACGCAGCUUGUCGACAUUGCCACCCACCGCGGCAAGCAGCCGUACACUCUUCUGGCACCGUAUCUUGACCGUGUUGGCGUCUUACUCGCUGAGUGCUUGGUUCCUCAUCCAACCGUGGUGGCGGAGACCAUGCAGCUUAUCGGGUACAAUCGCCAACCUUUCUUCAGCCACCACCUGGUCCGCAAAGCCGUUGUACCCGCGCUCGUUCUGAAUCAAAAUCGAGCAGCGCUCGACAUACUCGCCACUAUCCUAGGCAAGGCGCUGGGCCUCAUCCUCAUCGAUGACGCUGCCGACGUCCUCGCCAAGGUCUUCCUCACACCCAGCAAGACUAAUGCCUCCAUUUCCUUCCUAGCUAAGGUCCUCCGUGAAAGCACGCACGAUCCAGACGAUUCGACAACGAUCGGGCGAUACAUUCAAGCCUAUCGCGUCAACCUAAUCGCUGCGCUAGUGACCGAACUUGGCGAUGAGGAUGCGGCACGAUGCGAAACUGCCAAGGAUGCUCUCAAGGUUGUCCAGCGGAGGGAUAUCCUCAGCCCGAGCGACCCGGGCGACCUCGGCUUCUACCUAAAGCCACACAUGGUCGGGGCGCUCGCUGAAAUGACAGAGCAGCUAGUACUUCUCCGCUCCCGUGCUGAUAUACGGCGCAAGAUCAUUCGCAGUUUGGGAGAACUGAUUUCCCUUGUUGGCGACUCGAUGGCUUCCUUCUCUCCGCAGAUUAUUGCUAGUCUCCAGAGCACGUUGUGUCAACCUGAACUACGACUGCAGGCGCUGCACACGUGGUAUCGAUUCGUCGACUUGAUGAAGUACGCGGACGUAGGGCCGUACAUCGGAGCCACUGUCGCUGCCUUCGUGGCCGAGUGGUCGAAAUUUACCGCCGAGGAGCGUGAGCUGGCGACCUCCAUCGUCCGCGUCAUUGAUGGCAACCACAGGCAUUUGCAAGCUUUCAAGGACGACAUCGUGGACUUCGCGCAUAUCGAGGAGCUCAAGCCGUUUCACAAGAAUCUUCUCUCAUACCGACAAAAGUGGUCGACGAAGAAGUAUCUCGGCAAGCUUUUGGAGCGUACCAGUAGCAAAAACAUCGCUAUCGCUACCGCGUCAGUGCGAGAGCUGCGGUGGUUGCUCCUGACCAAGGGCAGCGAGGUAUUGGAGCUGGCUCGCGGUGACACUUUCGAUCCAAUUAUUGGUCAGCUCGUGCAGUCGCUGCUCAGCACCUCCUCCACCGACGGUGACGGUCAGGAGCUGCGCGACCUUAGUUACGAAUGUUUUGGUAUUCUGGGUGCGCUUGACCCGGACCGGUUUGUCACGCGUUCGGACGAGUCCUCCAUGACUAUCAUGUCCAACUUCACAGACCGCGAUGAGUCGAUCCAGUUCGCUAUCCACCUCAUCCGAGAUCUCCUCACCGCGGCUUUCCGCGCCACGAACGAUACUAAGCACCAGAAGACGCUCUCGUUCGCCCUCCAGGAGCUGCUGAAGUUCUGCGAGUUCAACGUUGGGCUGGUCAACCGAGGGGCCCGGGUGUCCCGCAAUGUGCGAGAGCGCUGGGAGGCGCUGCCAAAGGACGUUCUGGAGACGGUCACUCCAUUCCUCGACACGCAAUUCGUGCUGAACAAGGACAAGAAGAGCUCGUUCAAAUAUCCAAUCUACCAAACCACUAAAACGUACCGCGAGUGGAUACAAGCAUGGACGGUCGACCUCAUCGGCCGCGUCAUGGACUUCCGAACGGGCGACCGCAACGACGCCCAAACCAUUUUUGCAGCCUUCAACACUGAGGCGCACUCGCAAGAUGUCGCCGUCGCAAACCAUAUUCUCCCCCAUUUGGUGUUGCAUGUCCUUCUGUCUGGGGAUGACUCGAUUCGCAGCAAUAUUCGACACGAGAUUGACACAGUUCUGACGGACAUUGUUAGCUCGCACAAGGAGACCUUGGGCGACAAGCGUACCAAUAGCGCUCACGUCGUAUUUCACCUCAUGGACCACUUGAGUAAGUGGCUGCGACUUGCUCGUGGCGACAAGCAUCGUACAAGUCAUGUCCUGCCGGUCGAGAAGCUUCUCGCUGGAAUAGACACCGAGCUGGCCGCCAACGCGGCCCUGAAGUCUCGCGCGUACGCUCGUUCUCUUCGCAACUUCGAAGAACGGGUCAUUUAUCUCCGUCAGCGCAACAAACAGAGCGAUUCCGACCUGCAGCCGUACUUUGAGAGUUUGCACGAAAUCUACGCCGAACUGGAUGAGCCGGACGGGAUGGAGGGCGUGUCCACGGCAGUAGUGUCACCUACCCUCGAACUGCAGAUCCGCGAACACGAGAGCACUGGGCGGUGGACAUCGGCUCAGAGCUGCUGGGAAGUGCGCCUCCAGCAGUCGCCGCAUGACCUCCGUCUGCACGUUGGCCUGCUGAAGUGCCUAAAGAACCUUGGUCACUACGACACAUUGCGAACGCACAUCCGGGGAGUGCUCAGCCGCAACCCAGAGUGGAGCGCGGAGCUCGCUCCCUUCCAGGCUGAGGCGGCGUGGACUAUCGGUGACUGGGAGACGGUCAGGUCGAUUCGUAAUCCGCCUCCAAUUGCCAAAGUCUUCACAGCCAUCCAGGCUGGCGGGGACGUGCCCGAGUCGCUCAAGAUUGCGCGUCGUGAUAUUGGCUCUUCCAUUGCCGCCGGCGACUACUCGCGCUCGUAUGAGUCCAUCCUCCAGCUACACCUCUUGCGCGAGGUCGAGAUGAUUCACUCCACUCAUGUGGAGCUGUCGAAGCCGGGCCAGUUCACCAACACCCACGCCAUUCAUCUGCGUCGCGUGGACGGUCUGAUCGCGUCACUCGCUGAACGCUUCGAGACAACGCUGCCUUCAUUCCACGCGAGGGAGGAGAUCCUUAGUCGCCGGCGGGCAGCCUUCAGUGUUGUCAACACUGCGUAUCUGAACUCUGAGCUCGGCCAGUCUUGGAUCCAAAGCGCGAAGAUUGCGCGUAAGGCCGGUUAUGACCAGACUGCGUACAGCGCGGCUUUGCAGGCGCGCGAAGCCGAGGCACCAUUCGCAUUCAUCCAGCAAGCUAAGCUCACGCGUGCUCACGGUGGUAUCCUCAAAGCGCUGCGGGAGUUGGAGCAACCCAUCGCCAAACUUAUCCGUGAGGCAGACAAGGCUGACGUGAUCGACCUCACGGGACACAAACAGCAUGGGCCGCGGACCGACGAGGAUUUACGCCGCGACCGCAGCUUAGCCAAGGCAACGCUGCUUGAGGCGCGCUGGUCGCAGGAGGGCGGCCGAUUCGAUAAGAACGAUAUUCUGCGACGCUUCAGGAAAGCGACUGAGCUCGGAUCGACCCUGGAGUCGCCAUUCUUCCACCUAGGCCGGUAUUAUGACAUGCUUGCGACAGGCGAGAAAGACUUGGCUCACAGGUCGCAGUUCAACCAUUUCACGUGUCUCAACUACUAUGAGGCCCUUCAGCGUGGUGUCAAGUACAUCUACCAGACGAUGCCGCGUCUACUGACUGUGUGGCUCGACCUUGCUGAAAACAAGGAGGGGAAGAAGAACUCCACGGUCCAGAGGAACGUCGAGGUCAUCACCCACCUUAUGAUUCAGUCCAAGGACAAAAUAAUGCCAUUCCAGUUCCUCACGGCGUUCCCACAGAUGAUCUCUCGCAUCACGCAUCCAAGCUCGAAGGUGCGAGACACUAUGGUAAAGAUCUUGUCGCGCGUUGUACGAGCGCACUCGCAGCAGGCACUGUGGCCAAUCGUCGGCUCGCUGCUGUCCAAACGCAAGGAUCGCAUUGAGCUUACCGAGGCCAUUCUCCGGAGGGCAGAGGGCUCUCAUGACCAAUACGACAUCUCGCGUCGUAUCAAGGACGCCCAGCGCAUAGGCGAUCUACUUCUGAGAUUUUCAGAGGACAAGCCUGAGUCGACUAGGGUGGCGCAGACAUCCGUGUCCGUCAACUAUCCUUACUUGAGCGCAGCCUUCCCAUCCACGAUGAUCCUCCCGCUGCAAGAUGCUCUCACAGUUGUGCUUCCCUCCGCGAGAUCCUCCUCGCUUAAGACCCACAAUGCGUUCCCAGACGAGCCCGUGACGAUCCAAGGCGUUGAGGACAAGGUCGACAUCAUGCCUUCCUUGCAGCAGCCCAAGAAGCUUGUGUUCAAGGGCAGCGACGGGAGGCGAUACCCAUUCUUGUGCAAGCCGCACGACGAUCUCCGCAAGGACGCGCGCCUGAUGGACAUGAACUCGAUGCUCAACAAGUUCCUCAAGUCGACUUCCGAGUCGCGUCGCCGCCAUUUGUACAUCCGAACGUAUGCGGUCAUGCCGCUGAACGAGGAGUGCGGUCUGAUCGAAUGGGUAUCGAAUACCCAGGCGCUCAAGCCCACCCUUGAGAAGCUGUACGAUCGGCACAAGAAGAAGGUGUACUCAAGGGAACUAUACAACAAGUUGGACGCGGCGCGUAAGAGCGAUAACAGCUCACAAGCCUUGCAGAAGGCUUUCGUACAGAUUCUCAAGCAAUACCAGCCAACUGUGUUCCACGAAUGGUUCAUGCUCAAUUGGCCCGAGCCGUCGGCAUGGCUCACCGCGCGCACAAAUUACGCGCGAACACUGGCAGUUAUGUCCAUGAUCGGCUUUGUGCUGGGCUUGGGCGACCGGCACGGCGAGAACAUCUUGUUCGACGGUCUGACGGGCGACACUGUCCACGUCGAUUUGAACUGUCUUUUCGACCGCGCCAAGUCUUUCGAAGUGCCGGAGCGCGUGCCCUUCCGUCUCACGCAGAACAUGGAAGACGCGCUGGGCGUCACGGGUGUUGAGGGCGUCUUCCGCAAAGCCGCUGAGAUCACAAUGGGCAUCCUCCGCGCCAACGCCGACUCCAUGAUGAGCGUGCUUGAGGCGUUCAUCCACGACCCACUCAUCGAGUGGACGCGGUCGCGGCACAAGUCGGGCACUGUCGAUGUGCGCACCACCGCCGACAAGAACUUGGCGCCGAUUCAGCGCAAGCUCCGCGGUGUUGUUGGCGAAACAGAGCAAACAGUGCCGAACCAGGUCGACGCGCUGAUCAAGGAAGCGACGAGCGUACACAACCUUGCGCUCAUGUAUGUCGGGUGGGCGGCGUGGUUGUAA